GCGCAGCUGGUGCAGAAGGCGCACGAGCUGAUGUGGUAUGUGCUGAUGAAGGACCAGCGGCGCAUGGUCAUCUGGUUCCCGGACAUGGUGCGCGACGUGCUGGGCAGCUACAAGAAGUGGUGCCGCAGCAUCUUGCGGCGCACCAGCCUCAUCCUGGCGCGCGUCUUCGGGCUGCACCUGCGGCUCACCAGCCUGCACACCAUGGAGUUCUCGCUGGUCAAGGCGCUGGAGCCGGCCGAGCUGGAGCGGGUGGCGCUGGGCGGCCGCAUGCCCAUGAUGGGCCUGCUGCUCAUGAUCCUCAGCCUCAUCUACGUCAAGGGGCGCGGCGCCGGCGCCGUGUGGAACGUGCUGCGCAUCCUGGGGCUGCGGCCCUGGAAGAAGCACUCGACCUUCGGCGACGUGCGGCGGCUGCUGACCGAGGAGCUGGUGCAGCAGAACUACCUCAAGUACCAGCGCGUGCCCCACGCGGAGCCCCCCGAGUUCGAGUUCUACUGGGGCUCCCGCUCCACCCGCGAGAUCACCAAGCUGCAGAUCAUGGAGUACCUGGCGCGAGUGUUCAAGAAGGACCCGCAGGCCUGGCCCACCCGCUAC